GAAUUCAUCAAUUGAUACAAUUAAUAAACAUUCUCAGAGUGUGGGCACUUCAUCAAUCCACUACUCCCAGAACCAGCUGAAGACUUUCUUUAUAAGCAUUGCAUUUAAAAGAUUUGGGUGAGCGGUUUGUACUAUUUACCUAACAGGGGCUAACAACAAAAGAUUACAUGAAACUUCGGCUGAACCAUAAUUCUUCUCCGGAGGCGCAAAACUUCAUGAAAACGUUUGGACAAAAUCAUUGAUUGAUCUCUCCCACCACAUAUUGAUGUGAAGAAAAGAAGAUGGAUAAUCAAUUAUUUAAACAACCGACCGAAUCAAACCAACAGGUGCAGCCGCAACCUUUUGUGACGGAUAGAGGAGGAGAUCAGCAAAUCGAUCCCAACCUGUCCAACCAAGACAGCCCUGGCAUCCGACCUGAUAUCCGACCUGGCCGGCAACGGGUCAAACGUGCAUGCCAACCUUGUAAAUCAAGAAAGAAGCGUUGUGAUGGUUCUGAGCCUUGCGCUACAUGUAUCCGUUAUGGUUACGAAUGUCAUUACGAGCUUGGCCCUAGGAAACGAAGAAGACAUACUUUGAAGGAUCACGACACCGACGUCUCUCCAAGUCAGAGCUCACCUGAUACGACUGCUCAUCACCGAGAGGAAAGGGAGAGAGCAAACAGUGAAAGUUCUCAUGUACCACAACCUGGUGGUUCAAAAGAUACAAAUCUUUGGGGAAAGGCAUUUGCGACUUCUUUGGCUUUGAAAUUGGAUGCCGGGAAGUUGAGUAAACCUCAUCUGGCUUGGAACUUAGGACUCAAGGAUGAACAAUCAUAUGCGCAACCAGCUAUCACCAGGAUUAUUGAUCAAGCUGAGAUGCAAAGACUUUCCAACCACUACUUUGAUACCACACAUCAAAUCUUUGGUGUCUUCAAAAGAGAUUUAUUUGAUCAAAAGAUAGUGGAGAGGUGGGGGAUAAACUUCAAUAGCUCUGAUCCACAUGAUCCCAUAUUGUGUGGUGUUGCAGCAUUGGGAUCUUUGUUCUCGGGCGGCAGUCCAAGUCCGGCGGAGGCAACGCUGGUAGAGUUGGCAAAGAUGGCUUUAGAAACAACAAGUGUGUUGAACUAUCCUUCUCGACAUCAUGUGGUGGCAUGGGUGUUAAGAACGCUCUAUCUGAGAUGCACAGCUUGUCCGCAUGCUGCAUGGCUUUCCAGCUGUACGACAAUGCACAUUAUUGAAAGUGUUGGAAUGGAAGAUGACUCGGAUUACAGUAGUAGCGAUGCAGAAGUCGAACGCGGAAUUGGUUGCGGGGUUUUGAAUAUGCAAAGACUAUUUUGGAUUGCUCUUUUGAUGAAUUCAUGGGUCGCAAAUGAUUAUGGCCGGUCAAAAGUUACUGUGAAGCUGCCUACGCCACCUUUUCCCUCACCCGAAGGCGAAAUAGAUCUUACAAUCGAUUAUCUUACGUUAUUUCAAAUAUCGGAACGUCUCGAUCAGGAUGUCACCCAUACGGCGAUAGAAUUUGAAGCAGGAAUCGCAGCGACAUAUGCUUUUCAUGCUCGAUCAGACGGGGCUAUGCUCUCACAGACGAAUCUAUGCUUAGGGUUAUAUCGUCGUCUACGUCUUUUAGCUCCAAGUAUAUCACCUCAAACUGUUGAUCAGGUAAUAUCCAUCUGCACAAAAGGUUUAAGAGCCGUCAUGAGAAUGGUAGAGCGUCGUCAACCGUGGUGGCACAUCGCCAAUAUUCCUUUCCAAUUUGUCUGCGUCCUCCUCACCAUGGAUACACCGGACUCACUAUCACAUAUCGGCGAAGCGCUCGAAACUUUAGAUGCAGUAUCUCGCUGUUUCACAACUCGCUCACUUACAGAGUCAGCAGCAACAGCUAGGACAUUGGUGGAGUUGUCUCGAAAGAGAAAACAGGAGGAGAUUAAUAUACUGUCUCAUGGUCUGAAAACCAGGAUCGAACCGAUUCCGACUGGUCAAUUGCCAAUCCCGGGUAUGAUUGGUAAACAAAUGGUUCCAUCACCGAUGGGGAUGGGAAAUGCGAAUGGAAAUAUGAACAAUAUGGUGCAGGGAAUGCCGAACAUUGGUUCGAUGGAUUUUUCGGGAUUCGAUUGGGAUUCGUUUUUGAGUAUGGAUAUUCCCGUUUUGGAUGCUACGGCCAUACUUUGAGAAGAUAAGGAGGUUAGAUGUAGCAUCACUGAUAUGAGGGAUCUAAUGUCGUAAGACGGUUUGUCAUUAGCAUGUAUCAAAGGAGGGCAUAAAAGUUCAUGUAAAUAAUGUUGAAAAUGCGGGCUUUAAGACAGGUUUACUGCUUUACAAGUUUUGUGGAUAGGUUGUCAAAGGAAAAUGUAAACUUAUAGAAGAGAUUUGAAUGCGGCGAAAACGCUCACAUUUUUGGAAAGGGCUCCUUGGAAAGACAUGACUAGCUUUGCCAACAAUUAGGGGGCACAAGCCUCGGAAGAAUGAGAUGAGCUAGAAUAUAUAUAUCUGUCGACUUUGGGUGACGGGGUAUAAACCAGAUAGCUAGCAGGUGCUCCAAAUUCAAACCACAAUUCC